GCGCGCAUCAGCAGCCUGCUCUUCUUCGGAUUCAUCGCCGUCGUCGUUGUGAUCGUUGUUGUAUCCGUCGGGUGAUCUAUCCUUUUUGUUUUUGCUGCACAAGGCCAGUCACUGCGUAUCCCUGUGUUGCACUCAGCCAUGGCCGCCAUGGCUUUCGUCCCCUGCGUUGCUCGUCCUUUGCCGUCGUCGCUCGCCCUUGCAAAGUUCAUCUCUGGCCUCUCCCGCUCUCGUUCUUACACCUUCCAGGCCACCACUACUACAUGCUCUGUGGGUUCUCAGCCAGGCGGCAACUUACCAGGAUUUAAUUCUAGCUGUGGAAACGAUAAAACAAUUGGCAAAUUGGAAUCGUUGUUUUACACGGAUUCAGGCAUUCCAGAGGAGAAGAUUGAAAGGCCAACAGGGCUGCCAAAAGGUUUACGGGCCAUAGGGAACAACCCUAGAUGUCCGGUGUGUGAAGCCAAAGGAGCUGUGGAAUGUGCUACAUGUGCUGGAUCGGGGCUGUAUGUGGAUGCGAUAUUGGAGAGCCAGGGCAUAAUCGUCAAAGUUCGUUGCCUAGGAUGCGGCGGGGCUGGAAACCAUAUGUGCCUCCGGUGCGGAGGCAGAGGUCAUAUUUGAAACGAUAUCCACCAUAUUGUUUUUUUGUAGAAGUGCAAUUCUCAGCUUCCGAUUAGGAUAUUGUAACGCUGUAUCAUUUCCCAUGUACCUCUGUAUAUUAGUUGGGAGGUGUCUCAUUUUUUUCCCCAAACAGGUCUUGUCUGUAGCAUCCAUAACCAAUUUUUUUCUCCCAAAAGCUAUGCAUGGGCUCAGUUGCAGUUGUAGAACGUCAUUUUGGGCCUUAGAAUGGUUUUAUGACAUGCUCGUACAAUUCGCAAGGAUAUAGAUAUAUUUGAGAUGUAGACUUUGAACACCCCAACUAUGCAUCACGAAAUUGCUGAAUCUUUAACUGUGACUGUGAUGGUAUCUGUCAACUUUCGACCAACAUUGAGAUUCAACAACGUUAUCUUUGACCCCAA